AUGAAAACUCUGUACGUUCUAGCUGUUGUCCUCGGCUUUGUGGCGGUUACUCACUCUGCACCUCAGUUGUUUUCCGGAGUGUUUUCAACGCUGUCUCAGACCGUUUACAGCUUAGUCUCCCAAAUCACGCAGCUGUUGAACAAUAUUGUCGCUUCCGCAGGAUCAGCCGCCCAAACUACGCUCUCAACCGUGGUUACGAACGCACUGUCUCUGCUCUAUGGAGUCCUCAACAGUUUGGCAUCGCUCGUAACCGUUCCGCAAGGAGUACUCACGACAGUCAAUGGAUUACUGACCACUGCUAUGAAUCAAAUUUCCCUCGCAGUUGCCGAUGCUGGUUCCCUAGCUACGCAAGUGCCAAUUCUUGGCAGCGUCCAGAAUAUUCUUACUUCGACUGUCAGCAAGCUGAGUGCAUUGAAUGUACCAGCUUUGGUUCCACUGCAGUCCACUCUUACUCAGCUGGCCAACACUCUCGGUAGCGCUGUGGCUCAAGCUUCGGGAUAAAUGGAGUUUUCAUUCUCAUCCUCGAGCAUGCUUCAUG